UGCUUUCCCAGAUACUACCAGCAGUUCAACAACAUGACUUAAUCAGCAGAAGCAAGACAAUAAAACUAUUGCGACAUGCAAAGAAAGACUUAAAGACAUGUUUAGUAUUUGCAGAGCAUCAAUGGCAGCACCAUAAAGUCGUGUGACACGUGUCACAUGUAACUGAUUUACCUGUGAAAGGACUCAAUCAUCAUCUGAGCCUGGAGUUUGAACUCAAAUAUGGAAGGAGAAAUUUAGAUGGAUCGUCAGUCUGCAGUCAGUCACGAGGAUUAUUUGCACCGCUGAGCAUGGGAACUGUGCCAUUGCAUCGUGUGUGUGGAAUAUUUGUAUUCCUCAGUGCAUGUCUGAUUUCCUUCACACCGCCUUGUGAUGGAGGAAACAUCCUGGUGUUCCCAGUGGACGGCAGCCACUGGAUCAAUAUGAAGAUCCUGCUGGAAGAGCUUCAUGCCAGGGGACACAACAUCACCGUGAUAAGAGCCUCCACCAGCUGGUACAUCCCAGAAAAGUCUCCUCUCUACACAUCCCUUACUUUACAAAUGGAUGUAGGAAUAGAAAACUUCUUUGACGUGUACCUGCAGGAGCAUAUGCGGGCGCAGAGAGAGGGGGCCUCAGCACUUACUUUCUUCAAACUCACCAAGGACUUCCUCUCUAUGAUUUCUACAGCCCAUUCAUUGUGGGCUGAAAGCCUGGUUCAAUUCUUCGAUGAUGAACAGAAGAUCAAAAGCUUAAUGGAUUCUCAAUAUGAUCUUGUUCUUACCGACCCCGCCAUAGCGCCAGGGGUUGUACUCGCCAAGUAUCUCAAACUGCCCACAGUGCUCAAUGUGCGCUGGAUCACCAGCGGAGAUGGACAAUUUGCGAUAGCUCCCUCACCACUUUCUUACAUCCCAGUUCCAGGAUCGGGCUUUACAGACAAAAUGAAUUUCAUCCAGAGGGUCAAGAACAUGCUGUUCUACAGUAUUAUACUUUUCCAGCAGAAAUUCAUGGUGGGCCCAAGCUAUGAUGCCCUGUGUGAAAAAUAUAUCGAGGGUGGAUGUGACAUCAUAUCACUUCUACAGGAAGCAGACAUCUGGCUGUUCAGAUCAGAUUUUGUGUUUGAUUUCCCACGGCCCACGAUGCCAAACGUCAUCUACAUAGGAGGGUUCCAGUGCAAACCAGCCCAGCCUCUGCCGGCAGACCUGGAGGACUUCGUUCAGAGUGCCGGGGAGCACGGAGUGAUCAUCAUGACUCUGGGAACUUUGGUUAAUGCUUUGCCCAAAGCAGUUGCAGACGAAAUUGCUAGCGUCUUUGCGAAGAUGCCUCAGAAGGUGAUAUGGAGGCACAAAGGAGAGCGUCCCUCUACUUUGGGCAACAACACCCUGAUAGUGGACUGGAUGCCACAGAAGGACCUCCUGGGCCACCCACAGACCAAAGUCUUUGUCGCUCACGGUGGGACCAAUGGAGUCCAGGAGGCCAUUUACCACGGGGUGCCUGUGCUCGGCAUACCCUUGUUCUUUGACCAGUAUGACAACCUUCUCCGCCUGCAGGAUAGAGGAGGUGCGAAGAUCAUUCAGCUCGGUGACGUGAACGGCCACAGUUUUGAGCAAGGUAUCAACGAGGUGCUCCAUCAGGACAGCUACAGACAGAACAUGCAAAGACUGUCACGCUUGCACAGAGAUCAGCCAAUGGCACCCAUGGAUCAGGCCAUCUUCUGGGUGGAAUAUGUGAUACGCCAUAAAGGGGCUCCUCACCUGCGUACAGAGGCCUAUAAGAUGGCCUGGUACUCAUACUACUGUUUAGAUGUACUGCUACUAUUACUGACUGUAGUGACUGUGCUGCUGCUCUCUACUUUGGCCAUGUUCAGGUUCCUGUGCUGCAGAAGUAGAAGAAAGACCAAAACCAAACAAAACUGAGGUCUAAUUUGUUUAGAAAUCAGCUGCAGUGAGUUCUAUAGAGCAUUGUGUUCAGACAAAAACAUACAUCUUAAUGUAUCUCAUUUGUAUCUCUGUUAUUUAUGAAGUAAAGUGAGAGUCAGUCAAUUGAUUUAGUCACAUUGAAUAUAAAUAGUGUGAAACAAUUUAGCCCCCUUUCUACUGAAAUGUGCUGGAAAAUGUAAUUGGACAGUUUAAGAUAACACUUUUAAGACAUUCACAAAUCAACAACAUAAUUCUGUAAUUUCACAUCUACUGUAAUGAAUAAGCAUAGAGCAGCGGGCUGACUGCCUGAUCCAUUUCCACUGUAACAAAAUCUUGACCACCUUUAAUCUUGAUAGUAUUAGGUGGAAACAUAAUGUACAGACAGUCAACACCUGUUAUGAAUUCUGUGUCUUAUUUGCCACAAUUUCAUGACAUUUUUGACUGAAGCAUCCAUGAAUAAAAAAUGUAUUUAAAAGGAA